AUGGACGACACCAGACUGUACAAGUACUAUCGAACGUCCGGAUACGGUUUGAAUUCGCUGAGUUUGAACACGGUGACGUUGAACGAUAUACUUUUUCGUGAAUUAUUCGAGAAAGCGGAGAAGAAGCUACCGCGAAUGGAGAGCGUCAUUAGCAUCAUACCUCCGUACAAAUGCAUUCACAAGCAUCUACAGCGGAUGAGCGUGUUCCAAGAGAAAACAAAGAAAAUGUUAUGCAAAGAGCAACUGGAGCUGGAAAUAAUGAACAGCAAAAUGUCGUGCAUCGAGAAGCUAUUGAAGCCCGAGGAACAGUCCAAGUGGCGUCGUAGUAGAUCACCAAAGGUAUACCAUCGUCCUAUUAACGUGGAAGCAUCAAAGUAG